GUCCCCUUCGGGUUUCCGUAGAUCACUGUUGACAGUCGAGAUCGGUGGUACUGGUACCUGAUGGGGUAGACAGUGUUCAAAUUCAAAAAUUCUACAAAGGUAACAAUGCAUCAUGGCAAUGGAGCCCCAAGCACUCCCCGGCAGCUCCAAAGAUCCAGAUCCUUCACUGGUAAUGAGGGUGAAGAGCCAUCCUUGCAGACAAAUUUACCACAGUCUCCUGCACAAUCAUAUGCUCCGGCUGUCAGUUCCUCUGGACCCCAGUCUCCCAGUUUUCAAAUACAGCAGCUCAUAAUGAGCAGGAAUCCUGUAGCUGGUCAGAAUGUAAAUAUUACCCUGCAAAAUGUGGGUCAGGUUGUGGCAGGAAACCAGCAAAUAACUUUGACUCCACUGCCAAUCCCCAAUCCUGCCUCACCUGGUUUCCAAUUUAGCAACCAGCCAAGAAGGUUUGAACAUGGAUCACCGUCCUAUAUCCAAGUUACUUCCCCAAUGUCACAACAGGUCCAGACUCAAAGUCCUACACAACCCAAUGCUGUUCCAAUCCAAACACUGCAAGGAGUAAGAACUGGGACUGCUGGAGCCAGUUUAGGUAUGUGUAGCCAGAGUCCAACACGUGGAUUUGUUGAUGCUAGUGUACUGGUGAGACAGAUCAGCUUGAGUCCAUCAAAUGGUGGGCACUUUGUUUUUCAAGAGGGCUCUGGAAUUGCACAGCUUGCACAAGGAACCACAGCACCAGUACAACUUCCAUCUGGCACAACACAGGCAAGCAUGAGGGAACGGAGACUGUCACAGCCACAUUCUCAGACUGGUGGCACUAUUCAUCAUCUGGGACCUCAAAGCCCUGUGGCAAGUGGCGCAAAUAUGCCUACUCUUACUACUCCUAGUCACAUAACAACUACAAAUUUACCACCACAGAUCAGCAGUAUUAUUCAGGGCCAGCUUAUUCAGCAGCAGCAGGUACUACACAGCCAACAGCUAGGCAGAACUAUCAGUUUUGAUCGGACAUCUGGAGGGAUGAUAGCCGGUGUGGCUGGAACCUCAACCUUUGGGUUAACUUCACCUCCACCUCCAACAAGUCCUUCACGAGCCACUGGUCCACAGGGAUUGUCUAGUCUUCCUCAUACACCAGCUAUAAGUACUACACUGAAGAAACAGAGUAAGAAGCUGGAGGAGAUCCCUCCUGCAACUCAAGAAGAUGCUCGGAUGAGGAAGCAGUGCUUGGAGCAUCACCACAAAACUAUGAAAGGUCUAAAGGAAGCAUUUAAAGAGUAUCUGAUUGAGUUGUUUUUCCUGCAGCACUUUCAGGGAAACAUGAUGGAUUUUUUGGCCUUUAAGAAAAAACCCACCAUGGGCCUCCAAGGUUAUCUCCGACAAAAUGAUUUGGAUUUGGAAGAAGAAGAGGAGGAAGAACAGUCUGAGGUCAUCAAUGAUGAGCAAUCACAUCCAGGGAGUGGAGCAGUUGGAGCUGUAAAUACAAUUGAUAUUGAAGCUUUCAAAAAGCAACAAGCUCUCACACAAGCAGACCCAAGUAAGAGACCUCGUCUUGAAGUGUCUCGCCAUGGCAUGGUGUUCCAGCACCCAGGCGUGGCUUCUGGGGUACCUCUUCAGCAACUCAUGCCCACCGCACAAGGAGGGAUGCCUCCCACACCACAGACGGUACAGCUAACAGGGCAGAAGCAAAGUCAGCAGCAGUAUGACCCCUCCAAAGGACCACCAGUACAGAAUGCAGCCAGCCUGCACACCCCACCACCACAGCUACCCAGCAGAGUGCAGGCUUCUAACAUCCCCCUCUCCUCACUCCCUGCCGCCCUACACAUUGCACAGCAACAGCAGCAAAUCACAGAAGCUCAAAUUCAGACUCAAAUUCAGGUGCAAGUUAAACCGCAAACACCAAGUGUCUCCAUCCUUACAUCUGCACAAAGCCAGCUGCCUUCGCAAAUCUCUCAGCCGCUGCAGCAAGCAUUCCACAGUCAGAUUCCCAUAUCUGUAACUCAGCCACAAGCCUCCAUUCAGCAGCAGACAAUAACUUUGGUGAGACCAGCAGCAGAGUCUCAGCAGCCACGUCUUGCAAGCAACACUCAGCCCAACUCCUUUGUAGCUCCAGCAGCUUUCUCCACUUCUACUACUCUUACUCCGUUUCCCGUGACAUCAAGCAGAACCAAUGUAACCACAAGUAAAUCUCUUUCCUCUGCAACUUUGAAAUCUUCUGGGAUACCCAGCAUAAAAUCUCAGACUACUUCACAAAGUGCUUCUGGAUUAUCCUCAGAGAACUCACAGGACAAGUUCGCUGAACAGGUAAAACUGGAAAAUCAUGUUCAUCAACGCAUAGCAGAACUGCGAAAAGAGGGUUUAUGGUCUUUAAAGAGACUGCCCAAACUACAGGAAGCCUCAAGGCCAAAGUCUCACUGGGACUAUCUGCUAGAAGAGAUGCAGUGGAUGGCAGCAGACUUUGCUCAAGAAAGGAUUUGGAAACUUGCCAGUGCUAAGAAGAUAGCUAGAACUGCUGCACGUCAUCAUGAGGAAAAGAGGGUAAAUGAUGAGCGAGCCAGACGGGAGGAAGAAAAUAAAUUAAAGCGUAUUGCUGCAUCAAUUGCUAGAGAAAUUGAGUAUUUUUGGGCAAAUAUUGAACAGGUUGUGGAAAUAAAGUUACAAAUGGAGUUUCAAGAAAAAAGAAGGAAAGCUUUAAAUUUAAACAUGGACUCGAUGAGAGGACCUCUGAAGGCAAUAGAAGCAUGUGUGAAAUGUGAACAAGGAAGCAACAAGGUCCCAACAACAUGGAGGAAGAGAAAAGCAAGUUCAUCCUGGAGUGAUGGGGCAGAUGAAGAAGAAACAAUUGCUGAGCAAGAAACAAAAGAAGGAAAUGUUGACCAUAAAGCUGAAUUGUCUGAAUUAGCUCGGGAAGCUGAUCUUCCACUUGAUGAUCUGGUAAAGCAGUAUGAAGGGGCUUAUGAUGAGAAUUUUCAUUGGCCACACACUACCUCCCUCAGUGAAGAAGAGAAGCACUCCAAACAUGAUAUGGAAGAACAAAUAACAGAGUCAGAAAGACCACAAAAACAAACCAUACUUAUUGACUCUUUGCUCUGUACUGACCAGUGUAGAACAGGAGAUAGACCCAGUUCUAUCCACCUAAGUUCCAGGAAAAGCACAAAAGACAUUUCUGAUGUAGUCAGAGCUGCAGAACUACUUCUGCCCAGUGGAAGUGCCCGCAUCGCAUCUGCAGUAGAAACCAGCCAUCCAUCCUUGCUACAUGGAACCCUGCGUGAAUAUCAACAGAUUGGACUUGAUUGGUUGGCAAAGCAAUACAAGAAUAAUCUUAAUGGAAUUCUAGCUGAUGAGAGUGGGUUGGGGAAGAAUGUCCAGGCGAUUGCUUUUUUAGCACAUCUGGCCUGCAGUGAAGGUAACUGGGGCCCUCAUCUUAUUGUGGUACGUAGCUGUAAGAUUCUGAAGUGGGAGCUUGAAUUUAAGCGUUGGUGCCCUGGGUUAAAACUUCUCCUAUAUUUUGGCAAGCAAAAGGAACUGCGGAAAAAGAGACAGGAAUGGAAGGAGCCAAACAGCUUUAACAUCUGUAUCACCUCAUACAAGCAGCUGUUUAAGGGCCGCCAAGCUUUCAUGAAGAUGAGAUGGAAGCAUUUAGUUCUGGAUGAAGUUCAUCAGAUUAGAAAUAUGACAGAGAAGCACUGGGAAGCCAUUUUCAACCUACCAAGUCAGCACCGGCUGCUUCUUAGGGAUUCUCCUCUACAGAACACAUGGAAGGAUCACUGGACAAUGUUGCACUUCCUCGUUCCAGGAGUUUCUAAAGCAUACCUCGAUUUUCCCAUUAAAUCUGGAAGUGAAGAAAGCCAGGAAAAUUGCCACAAGCUUUUUAUUAUGUUACACAGAACAGUACGGCCCUUCAUUUUACGGAGGACGAAAAGAGAAGUUGAAAAGCAGCUAACCAAAAAAUAUGACCAUGUCCUUAAGUGCCGUCUGUCCAGUCGACAGAGAGCUCUGUAUGAGGAUGUGAUUCUGCAGCCUGGAACUCAAGAUGCUCUGAAAGGAGGGCAUUUUGUUAGUGUUCUUCAUGUCUUGAUGCAGCUGCAGAGGAUUUGUAAUCAUCCUGAGCUUGUGGAUCCCCGUCCUACCCACUCCUCCUAUGUGUGUGAAUCUAUCCAGUACAAGACGUCAUCACUGGCACUGCGAGCACUGGAAUAUGACCCAUGGAAGAAUGCAGAUCUGUCCGUGUUUGACCUGCUUGGGCUAGAGAAUAAGAUGACAUGUUAUGAAGCUCAAAUGCUGCCUUCACAGAAAGUGACACGGAAACUUAUUGAGGAGAUUUACAGCUCUCCUGAACCUGCAGCUCGACCCAGUCCUGUGAAGAUCAAACCCAACAGAUUGUUUCAGCCUGUUCUGUAUGGCCAAAAACCAGAGGGACGAACCGUAAACUUCCCAAGUACACCAGCAUCUCGUAUGGUGACCACAACAACAGCCACUGUUUCCCAACAAGGGCAAGCGCGAGGACGGUCACCCAUAACAACCACCUCUUCAAAUCAGGGUGCAGAGGUGGUUAAAAUUGCUCAGCUGGCCGCUGCUGGUGGAGCUCAAGGCAGAAUAGCUCAACCAAAGACCCCAGUCACAUUGCAGUUCCAAGGGAACACAUUCACCUUGUCUCAAAGCCAGCUGCGUCAGCUCACUGCAGGCCAGCCUCUACAGCUGCAAGGGAGUGUUCUUCAGAUUGUAUCGGCUCCAGGACAGCAGUACAUGCGGCCUCCAGGGCCAUUGGUAAUGCAGACUUUGUCUCAAGGAAGUCCCAUCCAGAAUACAAUUAAUUCCUUGGGAAACCAACACCCGUCAAUGCCCAGUCCUGCUGCAUCCCCACAGACAGGAAUACAAGGACGAAAUGCGGUUCCCAAUUCUGGUUGUGGAGAAACAGGACCUGUUCUCAAGUCUUCAGUGGGUUCAGUAAUGCCGGUCCAGGAGCUAGCAGAAGAUAAACAGCGCAUUUUGAGGGAGCGUCUAGAACGUCUUUUCUCCUGUAAUGAACGGCGAUGUGGCCGAGCCCCUCUCUAUGGAGCAGAUCUGUUAUCACUUUGCACUUUGAGCUCAGCUGGAGUUCCAGAUACAGUCUCAAGCUCCCAGUGGGGGUGGGCUGGCUCUGUUAAUUGCCACCUUUCUUCUUGCUCUCCUGAGGGCUCCAGUGAUCUUCUUCGACACCUCAUCCUGUCUUCAGAUCAGCAAAAGGAUGUACUAGAGCCUCUAGCCAAGAGGACACGUUGUGUGGUCUCACCUGUGAUCGCACCUCCUCCUCAUUUGUCGGUGCUGUAUUACCCUCCUUUUUACACACAUGGCAUGAAACUCCUAAAACAAAGACUGAGGGAACACGCAGCUCCUAAUUUACAGCGUCUGAGGGAGAGAACAUCCCCACACUGUGUACAGUUCCCUGAUCUACGAUUAAUCCAGUGUGAUUCGGGGAAGCUAGACGCUCUGGUCGAUCUUCUGAGGAAGCUUCAUUCUGAGGGACAUCGUGUUCUGAUCUUCACCCAGAUGGUACUCAUGCUGGAUAUCUUGGAGCUCUUUCUAGACUUCCACUCAUUGAAGUUCCUGAGGAUUGAUGCAUUUGCUAAUUAUGAGCAGUGUCAUGACUUGAUGAAAAGCUUUAAUCAAGAUCCUCAAAUCUUUUGCGUCCUCCUAUCCACCCAUAGCCACUCUCUAGGGGUUCCUUAUGUAGAAGCUGACACAUUAAUUUUCUACGAUAGUGACUUAAAUCCAGUGAUGGAAUCCAGAGCCCAGGCCUGGUGCGAUUGCAUUGGUAGAACCAAAGAUAUUCAUAUCUACAGGCUUGUAAGUGGAAACUCGAUUGAAGAGAAGCUGUUGAAGAAUGGCACUAAAGAUUUGAUCCGAGAGGUUGCUGCUCAAGGGAAUGACUUUUCCAUGGCUUUUCUAACACAGCAAACAAUUCAUGAGCUGUUUGAGCUUUACACUCCCCUUGAAGAUUCAGGAUUUGGUGUGAAAGCAGAAGAAUUUGUAAUGUUGUAUCAAGAACCAUCUCCAGCAGAAACGAUUGCUACAAAGUUUGCCAGGCCAUUUAUAGAGGCUCUAAAGAGCAUUGGACAUCAGGCAGAAUUGGAUGAAAAAGCUCCAGAGGCUGGAGAAGAACAAGACAAAACUGCUGAGGCCUCAGAUGACCCUUACCACAUUGAUGAAACUUCUGAAUUAGAUGAACUAGCUGCAGUAGUGGAACAGCUUACCCCCAUUGAGAAAUAUGCUUUGAAUUACCUGGACAGUUUUUAUACUUCUUGUGCUGAAGGAAAGACUGAGAAUGAGUUGAAAUCAACAAAGAAGAAAUGGGAGAUCCAGCAGAUGAAAGAGAGAAAUCAUUGGGAAGAGAAAAUGGAAUGGGUGGAAGAGGAAGAAGAUCUUUUGACAUACACAAGAGAAGAUGCUUAUAACAAGGAAUUUAUUUAUGACAACUCAGAUGGGCAGACAGAAAUAAUGCCUAUCUGGACUCCACCUACACCCCCUCAAGAUGAAAAUGACAUUUACAUAGACUCUGUCAUGUGUUUGAUGUACGAUACGAAUCCCAUCCCUGAGUCUAAACUCCCCCCUAUUUAUGUGAGGAAGGAACGCAAGAGACUUAAGACUGAUCCCGCUGUUUCAGGUCGGAAGAAGAAGCAGAGGCAUGGUGAGUCUGUGGUGCCUCCCCGUUCCCUGUUUGACAGAGCAGCACCAGGCAUGCUGAAAGUGCGAAGAGAAGGCAAGGAGCAGAAAAAGAACCUUCUUCUGAAACAACAAACUCAGUUUGCUAAACCUUUGCCAACUCUGGUAAAACCAGCAACUGAAUCUGGACCAGAUAACCCUGAGUGGCUGAUAAGUGAGGACUGGGCUCUAUUGCAGGCAGUAAAGCAUCUCCUAGAACUUCCUCUCAACUUAACAAUUGUGUCACCAGCCCACACUCCAAAUUGGGAUCUGGUGAGUGAUGUGGUAAACUCUUGCAGCCGGAUCUAUAGGUCGUCCAAACAGUGCCGUAGCCGUUAUGAAAAUGUCAUCAUUCCAAGAGAGGAAGGGAAGUUGAUGUUUGAAGCCAAUCCUAAGAAGAAGACUAAGAGCAUAUAUAAGACAAAAAAUAGCCGCCCCCUACGGACAAGUCAGAUCUAUGCCCAAGAUGAAGGAGUGACACACACACAGAUGUAUACCAAUCGGUUUGAGUUAAUGAAAAUGACUGCAGGAAAGAGGAGUCCACCCAUCAAACCACUGUUGGGAAUGAAUCCAUUCCAGAAGAAUCCAAAGCAUGCUUCUGUUCUCACAGAAAGUGGAAUUAACUAUGACAAGCCCCUGCCUCCUAUUCAAGUUGCUUCACUCCGUGCAGAGCGUAUUGCUAAAGAAAAGAAGGCUCUAGUAGAACAGCAUCACAGAGCUCAGCAGCAAGUGGGACCACAAGCUCCUCAACAGUCACAGCAAAAUGGGCAGCAGGCAUCAUCUCCAGCUGUACAACCAGCCCAAGCACAGCCCCAGCAGCAAGUGGUCCAGCAACAGGUCGUUCAGCAGCCACAGGCAGUUGUCCAGACGGCUGCCACCACUGUGCCUACCACUGCAGUCCUGGCUGGAACCAUCAAAACUGCUGGAACUGGAACGGGGAUUCAAGCUGCCACUGUAAGUGGGAAUGUGAUCGUGAACACUGUGGCAGGAGUUCCCCCUGCUACCUUCCAGCCAAUAAACAAAAGACUGACAUCUCCUGUUUUACCCGGGACAUUGUCCGCACCUCCCGGUACUCCUCAGGUGGUACACACACAGCAAAGGGCAGUAGCAACUUCGUCUGCACCAACAGAAAUGGUUGCCAUAGCAACAAACCAGGGUGUUCGAGCUGUGACCCCAGUGACAGGUGGCGCUGUGGUGUGCAGCAGCCUUACUCCUGUCCAGACACAAGCCAGAUCCAUAGUUACACAAGUGACAACAGCUACCACUGCUGGGGUCCAGCUGGCCAAUAAGACCAUCACACAAGCUCAGUUCCAGCUGCUUAAACAGCAACAGGCUGCACAGGUGCAGGUCCCUCAGAUGCAGGCACAGUCUCCAGGGCAGAUAAAGGCUGUUGGCAAAAUAUCCCAGGAGCAGUUGCUCAAGCUGCAGAAGCAAAAGAUGCAGCUUCCUCAGCAGACUGCCCAGACUGCAGCACAGCAGCAACCCCAGCAAGCUGCACAGCAGGCGGUUUCCAUUCCAGGUCAGCAGCAGUCACAACAGCAAACCCAACAGCUUGCCACUGUCACUGCACCUAGAGCAGGUGCCGUCCUGACUGGGGCAACAGUGACAAAUCUACAGGUGGCUCGUCUGCUCCAGGCACAGGGGCAGAUCCAGGCCCAGCCAGGACAAACAGCACAAGUAGCACUGGCAAAACCUCCAGUGGUUUCUGCUGUUGUUUCCUCUGCAGGAGUCACCACUCUCCCAGUUACAGUGGCAGGAAUCAGCGUCGCUAUUGGGCAGCCUCAGAAAGCUACAGGUAAUCAGACUGUAGUUGCUCAGCCUUUGAAUGUACAGCAGCUUCUGAAGCUAAAGCAGCAACAACAACAAAAGGCUCUGCAGUCCCAGGGAGCUCCGGUACAGGCCACUGUGCAGCAGAAGAUAACAGCACAGCAGCUUACCGUUCAGGGGCCACAGCAGCAGGGCCAGCAGCAGAAGGUGACAUAUACCACACAGCCAGCUAUUAAAACUCAGUUCCUUACCACUCCAAUAAACCAGUCUCAAAAGUCAGCAGGAACCCAGCAAGUACAGGCCCAGAUUCAGGUUGCAAAGCUCCCUCAGGUCGUCCAGCAGCAGACAGCCGUGACAAAUAUUCAGCAGAUGGUACCGGCCUCCCAACAGGUUCAGCCCCAGACUGUGACUUUGACCCAGGCAACAGCAGGAGGUCAGCAGCAAGUCCAGGUGAUACCAGCUGGUCCAGCAGCAGCUCAAGUGGUUCAGCAGAAACUUCUCCAGCAGCAAGUGGUGGCGGCAGCAGCAUCACCGCAGAUCCAGACUCCUGCUGCUCAGAGUGGGGCACCAACUCUGGGCACAACAGAGGCACAGAAUCAGCAGGCAAAGCUGCAAGCCCGUCCACCAACUGUCAGAAUUAAAGCUCCCACUAAACCUAGCUGAGAGCCAAUGGUAACUUAAGGAAACAUAAUUAUAUAUUCAUCUCCCAGCAGUACUUUCACAAACUCUCAUAAAAAGCACCUCAAAGGGACUAGAUCACAUAAGAGACGUUUGCAGUGUGUCAGAAAACAGAAAUCUUUGUAAAUUACAUUUUGUGAAUGUGAAGUGUCAUUUUAGCUUGCGAUUUUUGCACCAGUUUCUGAUGGUCAUUACCCCAGUUUUAUUUUUAUGGGAAUUGUUACUAGAGUGUCAUUAAUUGAAGGAGUUACUUGACAGAGAUAAUGUAGAUCCAAAAUGUAUUCACUGUCACUAUAAUCCAUGAAAACCACAGCAAUGGAUCAAGACAAAGCAUCAGGAUGUUUCCUUUAGUGUAAGAUGGACUUUUUCUGUCUAGUGCUGGAUGACUUUGUUAAGAACAUGGGCAACUGGUUGCUUUAUCCGUGCCGUUAAAGCCAUUUUUACUUAAAGAUUUAACUCUACACAGAUACUCCAUUAGGAGAAAGAAAUCCCACCUGAAGAAGGACAAUAUUUGAUGUGGGCAAGAUGAAGUAAUCAGCUUUUAUCCUAUAGUCAUUUGUUUUGGGUCAUGUUAUUAUACUACAAAACAAGUAAUGUGUCAAGCUGUUCUCUCUCUAAUAGAGUAAUGACCUGACUUGUGAAAUGUGUUUGCUCUGGUACAAGGAAGAAACAUCUAUAACUCCCGUUAAGUGUUUUUGUAUACAUUUCAUGUUAAUGUUUUUAUGUGUAUUUCUUUAUUUUGCACUUUUUAUCCCCUACCCUGAGACAAUGUUGGAAGCAUGUUCAGACUGUACAGACUUUAAAAGACUGUGCAUGUAGGAAAAUGUCUUGUAAGUAAAUGAGAUGCACUAAGGUUGUUAUCCAACAGCAUAGAGCAGUGAUGGUGAACUUUGGCACUCCAGAUGUUUCAGACCUACAUUUCCCAUGAUACUUAGGCCCUCUGCAGUCCAGUCGAGCAUCAAGGGAAAUUUAGUUCUGAAACAUCUGGAGUGCCAAGGUUCGCCAUCACUGGCAUAGAUGAUCUUCCCUGUGAUAGAAAACUGAGUUCUAACAAAAAUUAGUUUAAAAAAUGACUACAGAAUGCCUGGUUGAUAUAAUUUUCACCCUUUCACCAUAUCAUUAAAGCCAUCCUUAAUAUAUACAAUAACAUAAACUUGUUGGGUGUACAUUACAGGAAAUUAACACCGCCUUAGUCAUAAUUAGAGGUGGUUGAAAGUUGGAUUUUUUACAUUUGAACUGUAGAAUGAAUGUUUAUGUUGAUAUUUGUUCUGCCUUACAAAUGUUUAUAUAUAGCAAUAUUCAAAUAUCUAAUGUCACAGUGUAGCAUUCAUAUAUUACAUUUGAAUAUUAAUUCCAAUAGACUUACACUAAGAUAUAUGAGAAUUAAGAUUCAAAUGGUAGAUGUUUCCUAAUCAAAUGUGACAUUCAAUUAGGGAGAAACCUAAACUUUUCUGUAAAGCUUUGAAAUGCAUUCAGAAUAAAUGAAUGCAGACAACUUUUUGUCAUUUUUAGUAAAUGUGUUGAAACAUGCAGUCCGUCUCUAGCCACAAUACUAACACACAGGAGCUUAGUAUACAAUCAAAUGCAUUCCUCUUUGUCCAGUGUGCACUUUCAAAAUAAUUUCCCUGGUCAAAGUUUACAUUAGUAUCCAGAGCUUUUAAGUCUUAUGUUUGCAUAUUUGCACUGUAGAAUAAGUAUGUGUUUGUACUAGGUAAGUAGUAGUUAUUUAACAUUAAAUGUUACUAAGUCGGAAAUUCUUUUAUAGUCAUCUCUGUAUAACAAACCAGGGUAUUGUGUUUUUUUUUUUUUUUUUUAAUUAAUAGAACCAACUCAUUUGUUAAUGAAAAGCAUUGUUACAAAGUAAGAGUUAAUUUAGUAGAAGUGAAAAUGCAUUAGAAUGCAAGGGAAUUAUAUCUAUAUUUGAAAGGUCAGUUCCACUUAAAUUCAUAUUUUAAAUGUUUUAUUUGUGUACGCAUGGUUAUCCAUAAAGUAUUAAUGUUUGUCAAUAUUUCUACUCUGUUCCUGUUUGCCAAGAUAGAGAGAUUUUUUUUCUUUGAUAUAAAUAUAUAAAUAUAUAUACAUAUUAUUUAAACUAAAAGAAUAUGGAACCCCUUUUGCUGGCAGAGGGGACUGAAACACAUUGCACUGCAAUGGGUUACAUGCUCCUUUGGCAUUGAAAUGGUCAAAGUUUGGUCCCUCUCAACUAUACUGUGCUCAACAUGUACAUAGUUUGUGAAGACACUUUUAUAUGUGCUGUAAAACCAUAGUGAAUGUUGUGUACCACAUUACCAUUGUAAUAAAGUGUACAUUGUUUUAUAA